AAGCAGACCCGUCUUCCGGAGGCGGAGUCUCGGGGGCUGCUGUUCGCAUUUGGCUGAUGGCUGUGAGGGCGCUGCAGAGGGUUUGGGUGCUCAGAAUGGGGAACAAUGCAUCUGCUACUACAGCAAUAUCUAAUACUGCUAUAGCAAACCAAAUAAAAGAUGCUAUAUCAGAUAAUUGUGUUGUGAUCUUCUCAAAAAGCAGUUGUUCCUACUGCAAAAUGGCAAAGAAACUAUUUCAAGAAAUGAAUGUGAAUUAUAAAGCCAUAGAACUUGAUAGAUAUGAAAAUGGAAGCCAGUUUCAGGAUAUCCUUCAUCAAAUGACAGGCAGCCGGACAGUUCCCAGAAUAUUUAUCAAUGGAAAUUUUGUCGGAGGUGCUACAGAUACUCAGCAACUUCACAGGGAGGGUAAACUGCUACCAUUAGUUCACCAGUGCCAGAUCCAAAGAGAAAGAAACUCAGUACAUUCAUAUGGUUUUCCUUGAUGUUUUAAAUAAAACGUGACAAUCUUUAAUUUAUAAAUCCAGAUUUAACUUUAGCAACUUAUCUGUAAAAAAAUGCUUCAACAAUAUUGAAUUGUCCCAAAAUAUAUUGGCUAGUAAAUAUGCAGAUUGCAACCAUACAAGGGUUCCUGGUAGAAAACUAAGCAGCUAGACAUACAAAUGCUGCAAUAAACCUUGUCCCAUUAAGUCAAUUCUGGAAACUAAGUUUAAGAGCAAUGCCACCUGCACUCAAAUAUAUAGCAAUACUCCCAGGAUGAUUUUGGCAUACCUAUGAGCACGUGCACAAUAAUCAGCUGCCGUCCAUGACAAUUUGCUCAUUGUUUGAUGUUCCUGCAACUAUAAAGCUAAACUGUCUGUGAAUGCUCCCUUUCUCUCAGGAAAUUGGGCAUUGGCAAAUUGGUAUAUCAAACAGAAAAAGUGAAAAGAGACCUGGACAACACAAAAAUCAGAAGAUGGAAUGCUGGAAACAGACACGGAGCACAGAUAAAGCAGUCAUUGGAAAGGGAGAAACUGAACUCAGCUUAAUUCUUCCUUUCUCUUCCACGUAUUUCCUCCUUUUUGUAUGCUUUCUCUCAUCGUGGAGUUUGAAUUUCUGGUUAGCCCUCAGCCCAUGAAUCUUUGUGCAGUCAGAUACAAAGAAGGCCUCUGCCUCUUUUUAAAGUUAUACAGAAAGGGAAUGCCAGCAAAUGGGCAAAGAGUAGAUCUGAAGAAAGCAGAGAAUAUAGAUUGAAUAAGCCUUUUGGGAUGAGAUAUAUAGACUACUUUUAUAUAUGUUAAAGUUCUACUUCACUUGAACCUACAUGUGUGUAACUGUAGUUUUUGCUGUCAACUUUGCUAGUCUUUGUGUUUAGGAAGUGGUAUUCUGUAAAAUCGGUGUUCAUUCUCGGUAAAGGCAACAUCGCUGCCCUUUUCCCAGUUUAAAUAUGUCCAAGCUAAUCUAUCCUUGCCUGAUUAAUUUUGUAGUUUAUUUAGGCAGUGUAUCAGAAUCGCCUUUUAACAACACAUAACAUGAAGGACUUUUGGAAUUAGGUAUCUAAUUCUGAUUAGGUAAAAAGGACCUCAUCAGCUAUAUGUAGCAAAUAUUGAUAAAUGAUUUACAAAUGGGUGAAUAGUUUCGAAAACCUUGCAAAAAUUAAUAUGCAAGUCAGAUUGAGCGUUUUUCCCCAAAAAGGUGGUGUUCUUGUCCUAGUGAUAAGGUUUUUGUCAGAUAGAAAUUUAUAAUGUCCAGAUUGCUAGAUGACAUAUUUCAUUAUCAAAGCUUCUUGAAAAUGUGACCUCUUUGUGGCUUGCAAUUGGAUUGAUAUUUAUGAAAUAGAACUUUAUGUGUAUAUGAAAAAACAAUUACUGUGACUUAAUGUCCUUCCUCUUUGUGUAAUAUAUUUGCAUUAAACAAUACCAAAUAUUUAUCAGAA